CGGUGUGCUUGGCCAAAAGUGAGAGUCAUAUACUGGACUAAACUACAAGUGCAGGAUGAUCUUGAUCUAUGGCUCACUGGGAGGACUGCCUGUGUUUAGUGAAAUCCUCCAAAUGGUAAUACUGCAGGACAAGUGAGUGGGUGCUUGCCUUAAAGAGAGAAGGAGAGUGCAGCAACUCUGGACCCUCUCAGAUUUCCUCCUUGAACUCCAUUCCCAGAACACACUCGUUGAUAAAUUUAGUCUAAAACUCUCUCUGCUUGUCAAACAAGCAACAACUAUCCACUCCAGCCAGUCCACAGAUUGAAGACUCGGGGCUCAUCCAGAACCAGUCAGAAGAGUUCUUGUGCCAUGUGGAGAGGACCAGUCAGAAUUGGAGGAGCAGGACCUUCAGAGUUCAAGGAGAUCUCUGCAUCUGUCCACAGGUGCUGUGUUAAACCAGGACAAUAGAGACUUUAUGAAAGGCGAAACCAGGAAUUGAGGAAGCAACCAGUAAACCGAUUUUUGGACCACUAUGUCUGAGAUCCUGUCAUGGUCGAAGACUGUACACAAUAUAGUGCAAAGCAGCACAGGACUGUGAACCCCAUGGAGCCAUGUCCAGUCAGAAGAGCAAGACAUCCACAGUGAGGAUGACAGCCUCAACUGGUCCUGGGUCCUGGUUCCAGACCAUGAACUAUGUGGGUCAGUUGGCGGGCCAGAUGUUCGUGCAAGUCAAGGAGCUGUACAGAGGUCUCAACCCCGCAACACUGUCUGGAUGCAUCGAUGUCAUCGUGGUGCGGCAGCCCGAUGGCUCCCUGCACUGCUCCCCCUUUCACGUCCGCUUCGGCAAGAUGGGCGUCCUGCAAUCCCGUGAAAAAGUGGUGGACAUAGAGAUCAACGGGGAGCCGGUGAGUCUGCACAUGAAGCUGGGAGAGAAUGGAGAGGCCUUCUUCGUCAAAGAGACGGAGAACAUGCUGGAAGUUGUGCCGUCCUACUUGGCAACAUCACCCAUCAUGUCAAUCGGAGAGGAGUUAAUGGAGUCCCAGCUGGGCAGGGGCCUUCCUCGUCACCAUGACACUUUACCCUGCAACUCGCUUCCCGUCCAGAACCUGGGACAUCAGCAAAGUGAUGGUGUGGUGAACAAGAAGAGGAGGAAGAGGAGGAGGAAGAUACGGCAAGAGGGAGGCGGAGGUGGAGGAGGGAGACGAGAAGAGAGCGGGGAAGAGUUCUCGGAGGAUGAGGACAUGUUUACUAUUGACUUGAGCUCGGACGAGGACAGAGACGCUGAUGUCAGCAGGCCUAUGUACGGUGAUCAUGGGACUACAGCCAUCACCCAUACACAACCCAGCACUGAUUGGACUCGUUCUCAGAGUCAAGCGAUUAAAGAGUCUCUUUCCAUCCCUCCACCAUGUGGUCUGUCCUUCUCCUGUCCUCAGCAGACCUCUCACUUCUCGUCUCUUGUUAGCAACCCUGAUGAUUCACGGUCAUCAACACCAAUGAGCGACUCUGAGCUAACCACUCAGAAUAAAGACAACCCAGAAAUGCUUUGGACCUGGGGGGAGCUGCCACAGGCUGCCCAGCCGGACUUCCUGACUUCCCACCUGAAGAAGGAGCUGGACCCGAAUGUCUCUGUCCCACUGUCAGCCAGCACUCACUUCAGAGCUAUCAGUGACAGAGGACCCCCUUCCCUCACACUCUAUGGCACCCAGCCAGGGGAGAGCACUGCUACUGGUGGGCAUGAGGACCCUGAGGAAACCAGACACAGAGCCAGAGAUGGACUAGGUGAUAAGACUGGGUACAAGGCUGGAGGGGAGCCAGAGAGGCAGGUGGAGAAUGUGGGGCUGUUGUGUACAGAGAUUGAGGGUCUAACAGCCGGCUCAGUGUCUCCCAGGAUUCUCCUCGAUCAUCUGGACGAAGGUGGAAACAGAGGAAGUCCCAUCAGAACAACCGAUUCACCAUCCAAGAGGAAAGAAAAGAGGAGCCAACACCUGGGUUCUGAUGGUGUGUACCUGGAUGACCUUACAGAGCUGGAGCCUGAAGUCGCUGCUCUCUACUUCCCUAAAAGCGACGGAGGCAGCAGCUCAAUGAAAGCAGACUCGGAGAUGAUGAUGAUGGGAGUGCGGGGCGCUAAUCAAUCGCCACAGUCGGUGGGCAGCAGUGGGAUGGACAGUGGCAUGGACAGUCUGUCCGACCAGUUAGGAGACCUGCCACACGUCACCAUCUCAUUGUGUGGAGGGCUCACUGACAACAGGGAGAUCACAAGAGAGCAGUUCCAGGAGAGGGCAGUUUCUUACAAGCAGUUCUCAGAAAACCCUUCUCUUAUUGAGGACCCCAACCUGGUGGUGAAAAUAGGAAACAAAUACUACAACUGGAACACAGCAGCUCCCGUCAUGCUGGCCAUGCAGGUCUAUCAGAAACCUCUGCCGCAGGCGUCGGUGGAGAACAUCAUGAAGGAGAAGAUGCCAAAGAAAGGAGGACGCUGGUGGUUCUCAUGGAGGAGCGGGAACAGUGAAUCCAAAUCGGAAUCAGUGUCAGAGGCCGGGGGAGUCAGAGGAGAGAGCUCCCUCACGAUGGCCUCAGUGAACAGGAUGAAGGAUGAGUCGUCCUCGAGUGAUGAGGACCACAGAUCCUCCAAUCACAUGUCAGGAUCCUGCCAGGCAGAGCCCAUGAUGAGUUCUGGCAGCAUCUGCUAUACGAAGACUCUGCGGCUCACCUCAGAGCAGCUGGCCAGCCUGCAGCUGAAGGACGGUCCGAAUGAGGUGGUGUUCAGUGUGACAACUCAGUAUCAGGGCACCUGUCGCUGCAUUGGCGCAAUUUAUCUUUGGAGCUGGGAUGACAAGAUAGUCAUCUCCGAUAUAGACGGAACCAUCACGAGGUCCGACACGCUGGGUCACAUCCUCCCCAACCUGGGUAAAGACUGGACCCACCAGGGAAUCGCACGGCUCUACCACAGAGUCAGCCAGAACGGAUAUAAAUUCAUGUACUGCUCGGCGAGGGCCAUCGGCAUGGCUGACAUGACGAGGGGCUACCUGCACUGGGUCAAUGAGAGGGGAACCAUGCUGCCAAUAGGUCCGGUGCUGCUCAGCCCCAGCAGCCUGUUCUCUGCCCUGCACAGGGAGGUGAUUGAGAAGAAACCAGAGAAGUUUAAGAUCGAGUGUCUCACAGACAUUAAGCAGCUUUUCUACCCCAACACUGAACCUUUCUACGCUGCCUUUGGCAACAGAGCUACAGAUGUGUAUUCCUAUAAGGAGGUGGGUGUUCCACUCAACAGGAUUUUUACCGUCAAUCCCAAAGGGGAGCUCAUACAGGAGCAUGCCAAGACAAAUAUCUCAUCCUUCGGGCGUCUCUGCGAUAUGGUCGACCAUGUCUUUCCAGUCCUGAUUCAAAACGGAGGCUCAGACCUCCCCUGCUCUGACACGCUUGACCAGUGCGACUACUGGAACAAAGCACUUCCUGAUGGCGCCAACCAGGAUGAGGAAGAAGAAGAACCACAGCCCCUCAAGACAAGCUGAGGAAACCCCAUUGAAUCCAGCACAGAGGUCACUGCACUCCAGCUUUUCUUUAAAUCGCAGUCAUCACACAACACUGCUGUCAGUGUUUUGUGAUUGAAGUGAGUGGAGAUGCUGGUUGGAUUCAUCCAAGAACUUUGAGGAAUGUACUCGAACAUAUAAGGAUUUAAGGAACUGAGCGCUGUGACUUAACAUAAAUAACUGUGACUACUGAAACAAAAGAGAAGUACGGGACCUCAAAAACAACCUUACUGGGGGAAAAAUAGGAAUUGAUUCAACCUGUGUCGGCAAAACAGCAGAACACAUUUUAAUUCUAGUCAACAUUCUCUCCCACAUCACAUAGUAUUUAUAGUUGUAGACAGAAAAGCAACAACAAAAAACUCAAGCUUAUGUGUGAAUAUGGAUUCAUGUCAGGGCUGGUUUGAAAUCGAUUUCUCUCCAUUCAUAUCGCCUAACAAACGUUUUCUGGAUUUUGUACUAAACACAAGUAACUAUUAAAAGACCUUUCUUUAUUAUAAGCAUCAGCUGUCACAAGCUGGCUAUAGUUAAACAACAAUAAUGAGCAACUAUAAAUAUAUUCUAGUGAGUUAUUUAGAUCUCAGUUUACGCUCUUUUUGUAUCAGUACUUUUUUAUAUAUUUUUAUGGAAGAAUUCUGGCUUUUCUUUUAUCCAUAACACACUGCAGCGGUCAGCAUCUUGUUCCAUCUGCUCGAGGUGUGUGGCUGUAGUCAGCAUGUUCAGCAGAUACAGCACCAGAAACAACACAUAACACUAUAGAAAAAAAACAUUGGGAAAGUGAAGAAAAAAAAGCACCGAUCAUGUAUCCAGUCAUCUUCUGUGCCCAGCUCCUCAGCAGCUCCAGCUAAAGGCGUGUGGUCACUUGACCGUGCUACUGUGAACAGUUCUAGAUUUCCAACAAAGUGCUCAGGGUGCUCAAGUGCUCCAGGGACAUGCAGGACAAUGCAACUACCUUCAGUCAGUGUUCUUGACGUCUGUUUUUGAUAUACAUACAUGUGCGUAAAUACAUUAACUCUAGUGACAUGCUAGAAUGUAGAACAUGAACCACUCGCAGUGUGUGUUAUUCCAAUGACUAAUGCUCAUCAAUGCAAUUACUUUAUAAGGUUAUACAGGAUAAGGUCAGGUUUUGUCAGUUUUAUAAUGUCAUUGCAUAAAUCAGUAUAUUUUCUGUCUUAUAUAUUUAUUUAUUUAUAUGUGUAUGUAUACAUACAUACGCACAAACACACAUAGUUGUUCGUAGAUGUCUUUCCUUAUGUGUUCAUCCAUAAAUAAUAUUUGCUGUAACACAGUAAUCGAAGAUGGACGUCUGUCUGUUUAUUUUUUUUAGCACUUAUAUAGAUUUAAGUUAGGGGAAACCACUGUAAAUAAUAAUUUACAAUAUUCUUUUAUGAAGUGACCUUUAAAAAAAGAAUCUUUUAAAAUACUUGUUACUGGUUGUCAUUCAAACGCACUUGCAUCCAUUACUAUAACUCUGUCUCCAUUAAACCAGUGGCCACCUGUUGCCCCUAAGACGCGUCAGUUUCCACACGUGGCCACGAAAAGCCAUAGAUCAACGUGCAGUAUUUUAAGAAAGCCAAUAGACGGAUUCACUGUCCCUGAGGUAAAGUCAGCUGGUAAUUGGAUGUUUUGUUUUGUUGCCUCUGGUUUAUCGGGGGCAAAACGCUUUCACCUUUUUGGAAAAAUCUAAAUAAACCCAUGUAAAACUCUGGAGUUGAAUGUUCGACAGCUUCAAGAAAAGAAAAAAAAAAAGAAUAUGACUGUAGUUCCCUGCUGAUUUUGUAUUAUUUGAAAAUAAUGUGAAAGUAAUUCACCAGAUUCUAGUUAGAAAUCAAGAGGGACAUUUGUGCUCUGAUAUUAAUGUGUGAUAUGUUGAAGAAAUGUGAAAACUAAAUGCCAGAAUACAGUUUAAAAACCUCUGAUUGUGUUAUACCGUUUGAACAUAGGAUAGAUGUGUAUGAUGCUGUACUGUGAUCCACCCUGUUUGAAGGAAAACUAGUCAGGAGUCCACUGAGAGGAAUCCAGUGUAAUCUAUGUAAGAGAAAAAGUUGCAUGUUGUUGUAAUGUUAAAACUGCAUAUUUACAUGGAUGUAACAUUGACUGUUUCUUCCCCUAAUCUUUGUACGGCACUUAAAGAAAGGAACAGAUUCAAUAAUUCUGGCUUCCACAAUUCAUAACAAUGGGAUUUACAGUUAUGAAACAGAUUGUCUCAGUUUAGGGCUUUUACUUUGUUAUGUAUUAUUGUUAGUUUGUUUGGAAAUAGUUUCUAAAUUGAAUCAUAAUCUGCUAAUCCUUCUGCCAUAUUAAUAGAUCAUUUUGUGAUUUUCUUUUCAUAAUUACAUUAUGAAUAUCUCCUUAUUAGAAGAUCUUAUCAAUGAAAUGUGGAAGUCAAAAUAAGAAAAGAGGAUUUUACUAAUGCAACGCUACUCCCUUAUUUUAGAGUCAAUUGUCUCUCCGAUGAUGAAUGUUCACCUCAUUCUUUCUGUGAAAGAUUUGUGAAAGGUCUUGACUAAUUAUCAGGUCUCUCUGUGUUGGCAUGAAUGUGGAUCCGGUCUGCUGUCCUGUGUAAAGGUUUUGCUUUGGGGCGCUCAACAGGCAGCCUACAGCAGGGUGCAGUGCGAGCUACUGUUAUCAACGUUGUUGGAAUAAAAUCUGUGCUAAGGACACAUUUUUCAAUAAACUCAAAUUUGAUUA